AUGGAUUCGAGUGUUGAUGAGUUGUUUACGUUGCUGAAGCAGCAGUCGAAGAAGGAAGUAGAGCAAGUUCCAGAAGAACAAAGCGACGAAUUGCGUUUAGAUGAUCCAGUAGACCGCGAUGCCCAAGAAAAGUUUGAAGAAAUUGAUAAAAACUUAAGAAGUCUGCCCAAACUACGCAACGAAUUCGAUUCGCUAGCGCACAAGAAAGAUAAAGCUCAACCAACUAAGUUGCGCUCGGAGGAUGAUCAGUAUAAGGAUUGGUUUCUACUGCCGAAACCAGACAAGGCUGCACGUGACCGCGCCCAGAGAGACCUGUUACUAUUGAAGCAUAGAUCAGCUUUGGAUCCCAAGAGACAUUACAAGAAGGACCGUUGGCAAGUUCCUGAAAGGUUUGCCCUCGGUACUGUCAUCGAAGGUUCGUCCUCUGCAUCUACUCGCAAACACAGUGGUUCCACCAUGCUGGACACACUGCUCAGUGACCAAGACACUCAACAUUAUUUCAAACGCAAGUACUCGCAGAUCCAGCAACAACGGUCGAACCGUCGUCGAACUGUUCGUAAACGUCGAUAG